GUUCAUUCCGUUUGUACGGACCACAGGCAAUGGAAGGUGCGGGAGGCACUGUUCCUCUGGGUGGUACCUUCCCAUUCGAGUAUACAUCAGGUUAUCCUCCCUUACCUCUAUGCCUUCAUCAUUGGAACAACAUCCUCCACAGCAACACCUCGGCGGUAGAAGAGCGGCUCCAUCAUCAUCAUCAUUAUUAUCAUCAUGGGCCAGAAUAGACAGCAGACCGGCGCGGAGAUGCUCUUGCAGCACCUGUUCAACGACCCCAUCAACUUCCUCUACCGACUGCUUCAGCGCCUCCUCGCCUUCAUACUCUCGCCCGCCCCGCCGACCCCAUCCACGAAGCUCCGCCGUCCCCGUGUCGCCAUCAUCGGCGCCGGCCUGACCGGAGUCUCGUCUGCAGCACACUGUGUCGGUCAUGGCUUUGAUGUCACGCUGUUCGAAGCCGGCGGGGAAGAUGCCGUGGGAGGCAUCUGGGCCAAAGUGAACAACACGUCGGGACUGCAAAUCCAUUCCGUCAUGUACCGCUUCUUCCCCACCGUCCAGUGGAGCGAGGGCUAUCCCAACAGGAAAGAGAUAGUGCAGGCGGUCAAGCAGCUGUGGCAGACGUACGGGCUCGAGAAGAAGACUAAGUUCAACACGCGGGUCGACAAGGUGUACAAGGAUUCCCAAAACCGUUGGAUUAUCAACGAUGAGAGCAACGGUCGCUUUGAUGGCGUGAUUGCCGCCAUUGGCACUUGUGGCGAGCCCAAGAAUGCUACAGUCAAGGGCGAGGACAAGUUCAGGGGCCACAUCUACCACUCCAGUCAGCUGGAUGGCAAAGAUGCCAAAGGCAAGAAUGUCAUUGUCAUCGGCGGAGGUGCCUCUGCAAUUGAAGCCAUGGAGUUCGUUACCGCUGCGGGAGCUAAAAAGACGUACAUUCUCUCGCGAUCCGAGAAAUGGAUCAUUCCACGAAACCCUGUCAUCGACGUACUGCUAGCUCUGAACAUCUUCGGCCAGGAGACCAUCUUCUCUUUCAUCCCAGAAAGGCUUCUGCGUCUCUUUUUCUACCGUGACCUCCAAGACAUAGCACCUGCGGAGAAUAGCGGAAAGGGACUCUUCACGGAAACUCCAAUGGUGAACAACGAUGUACUGGAGCAGAUUCGUUCGGGUAAAACCAGCUGGCUGAGAGGCGACGUCAAGAACUUUGAGGAGAACGGUAUCAAGUUUAAUCACAGAAGCCAGGGCACACCCAAAGGCGGACCUGGUCGCGAAGAGCUUAUCGAAGGUGAUAUAUGCAUCAUGGCCACAGGCUACGAACGUCCAUCUCUCAACUUCUUGCCCCGCGAUUGCUUCCAAGAGAACUACGAACCACCCAACUGGUAUCUCCAGGUCUUUCCACCCACGCAUAUAGACAUUUGCUGCAACAACUGCACGUAUGUCAACGCUAUCGGAGCUGUGGGUAAUUGGCACAUUGGAAUCUACACACGAUUUCUCCUCAUGUUCCUCGUCGACCCUCUGGCACGACCAACAGAGGGUCUCAUGAAACUCUGGAUCGAUUUCACCAGAUGGGUCAAACGAUUCGCUCCCACUGCUGCAUUCGACUUCUUCACUUAUUCCGAGUUGGUUUACUGGUUUGUCUUUGUCAUUAUUAUCAAUCCCUUUCGCUGGAAAUGGGCUCUGUUUGUUCUAACGGGACGAGGUUCUGCUUUGCCCAAAGCUGUGGUGGAACAGGAAGAUAGAAUACGAGGCAAA